AGUCGAUAUUCUGGGAUACCACUGCUAGCACUCCGUCAAUAAACGUGUUUCUUUGGCAUUUUUCAAGCGCAAAUCUGACGGAGAAUUUUUGAACACUUUGUGGUGAGAGGGGAUCUUUGCAGCGUUGAAUGGGGAAGGUUUUCUUUCUGGCCCUGCAGAUCUCCGAGAAGCGACGGGUGAUAAUGGUCUUGGUGCGUUGCCGUUUUACUUUGGUGGAUUCAGUUUCCUCUCCAUCUGAGCACAGCCGCAGCUGAGAGAGCGGGAUCUGGUAGGCCUUCUGUCAGCGACCUCUUGGAGGAUCAUCUUCAAGGGAUCUUCUUUGGAGUUGUUCUGUGCAUGGCAAGGAUCUACUUUCUUGCUGCCUCACUGAAAUUACAUGGCCUAAACGAAAGAAUAUUUUUAUGAGGCGCCUUGCACCAGAGAUGGGCCAGGACCAAACCAAGCAGCAGAUAGAGAAGGGCCUGAGGUUGUAUCAGUCCAAUCAGACGGACAAAGCCCUGCAUGUCUGGACUAAAGUGCUGGAGAAGACCUCAGAUCCUGGGGGGAAGUUUCGGGUGUUAGGCUGCCUGAUAACGGCUCACUCAGAAAUGGGAAAAUAUAAAGACAUGCUCAAGUACGCUCUAGAUCAAAUUGACACAGCCAGAGAAAUGGAGGACCCAGACUACCUGACGGAAGGCUACCUGAACUUGGCGCGCAGCAAUGAGAAGCUGUGCGACUUCCAGAAAACGGUGUCCUACUGUAAGACCUGCUUAAACAUGCAGGGCACCACCGUCAGCCUGCAGCUCAACGGCCAGGUGUGCCUGAGCAUGGGCAACGCCUUCCUGGGCCUCAGCGUCUUCCAGAAAGCUCUGGAGAGCUACGAGAAGGCCCUGCGCUACGCACACAACAACGACGACAAGAUGCUGGAGUGCAGAGUCUGCUGCAGUCUGGGGAACAUUUAUGUCCACCUUAAGGACUAUGAGAAAGCCCUGUUCUUCCCAUGUAAAGCAGCUGAGCUCGUCAAUGACUACGGCAAGGGUUGGAGCCUCAAGUAUCGAGCGAUGAGCCAGUACCACAUGUCUGUCGCCUACAGGAAACUCGAGCGCCUGCCAGACGCCAUGGAGUGCUGUGAGGAAUCGAUGAAGAUUGCUCUGCAGCACAGUGACCGUCCUCUGCAGGCGCUGUGCUUACUAAACUUUGCAGACAUACACCGCUGCAGACGUGACGCUGAUAAAGCAUUCCCUCGCUACGAGUCUGCACUGAGUAUCAUGACUGAGAUUGGAAACCGUCUCGGACAAUCACACGUCUACCUGGGAGUUGCAAAGUGUUGGCUGCUGCAGAAAGAAUUUGACAAGGCUCUUGAUUCUUUGCAGCGAGCACAGGAAUUGUCAGAUGGGAUGGGAUACAAGCUGUGUUCGCUGAAGGUGCACUGCCUGAGUGAAGGGAUCCAUCGAACCCGGGGGCAGCAGGAAGAGCUCAGGGACCAGGUGGUGAAGUUCCUGCAGUGUGUGGAGGAGCUGGAGCUCUACUGCGGCAUGUGUGGAGAGUCCAUCGGGGACAGGGACCAAAAACUGCAGGCCUUACCCUGUUCCCACAUUUUCCAUCUCAAGUGUCUGCAGACAAACGGCACGAAGGGUUGUCCCAAGUGUUUCAAGUCCUCAAUGAAGCCUGGAUUUGUGUGAUUGUGCGACUGCGUUUGUGCGUUGGAUCUGCAGACGAAGCGCGACGCCUCACAGGCUCCUGACUGAUCUGAGAGAAGCAGGCGGCCUCGGGAUGUGCUGAAGAUGUUUGAGGAGUAACAAUUCACUGCUCCGUGAAGAGGAUGCGGAACUGAACCCGGAGCGUUGCAGAGUGCGGCUCUGAGGACACGGUCAAGGCAUCCAUCGUAUUCACAGACAUCAGUCUGUGAGUUACAGCUGCCGGUGGAGGUUUAACGGACUGAUUUCAAUACAAGCUGAAGAAGUAAGAACCCACAGUGGCUCUGAUGACUCUCUUUGUUGCAGGAUUUAAAUCUAGAGGAAUAUGGACCGCCCGAAGAGCAUUUAUAACUUGUAUUUGCUAUUUUAUGUAUUAGAAUUAUUUUGUGAAAUGAUGAAAUGAUCUUCAGUGAUCUUAGUCGCAGGGUUUGUUCCAGUUCUCAUAACACCUUUUACACAAUAUCCACUUUUUCUUUAAUUAAUCGUUGUCUGAUUUAUUUAUUUUUGUAUCAGAGUACAGUCAUUUUGAAUGUAACUGAUUUCAUACAUGGUAUAUUUAUUAUUGUAUUUAUGUACAUACUAUUCUCAUGCUAAUUUGUUUCAAAGGUUUGAUUUAUUUGAGGUGUUAUGUAAAACCUAAAAAUGAGCUAAAAACUCUUAACCAUUUACAAUCUAGUAUGUUUUUACAGGACUGGUUCAUGCAGCUCCGGUUUUGCCUUUUUCAUCAAGACUAAGGAGCCACAUCAACACACAUUGUGUUCAUAGAAAUACCUUUUCUGUCCAUGUUUUACUCUUAAGUCUGACAUCAACAUAUUAUUGUUGCAAUUUAAGGACAAAUAUUGUUGAGAAGGAAACCUAUUGGGAAAGGAUCUUUGACCAAUCACACACUCGUCAGAUAACCAUUUAGAGGAGAAACAGUACUUUGUUUUAAUGUGGUGCUUUCAUAUUUAUAGUUGUAUGUACAUAUGAAUUAAUUGGUCAAAUUUAUACAGAUUAUUUACUCGCAGGGGCAUUGUCAUCUUAAGGUGGUUUUGAGGAAGAAAGCCAAAAAUUGCAUCAGAUCAUGUUGCAUGUUUUAUUUAUAAGAAACAAAAGAUGUCGUCAAAUUAUAAAUUCGUGCAACUGCAUUUACUUAUUUCGGAAUUGUUUAAUAUAGUAUUUCUUAAUAUUCAGUGGCUUUUACCAUUCAUAUUCCUUAUAUAUUGUAAGUAAUAAUGUGACUUGGGGGAUAAAAACCUGUCAAUUAAAAUAGUCGUGGCUUAAACGAGGUCUUUCAUACAGUAGAAAAACUGUAAACUCCCCUUAAGUUUCUUUUUAGUAAGACUGUAGUAGAAGUGUUUUAAAAUAUUCUUUUAAAACAUUGAUGCAGGACAUGAAUCCUUUAGGUUGAGUGGUCAAACCAGGAUCAAUAGUUUCACCAAUUACUAUUAACACUUUUUAAACAUUCAUAAUUAAAGCAAAGAGGUGACAAACCUUUAUCCUCAGUUCACAAAACUGUAGCUUUAAAACUUUUUAAAAAUACAUAGUUUUCUCUAUGAAAGGCGAGUAGGGUGGCAGCAUGAAAGAAGAGAGCAACACUUUACUCGUACAGCUCCACACCUGUUUCUCACGCAUCACUAAGCACCUGGAUCUUUUUUGAAGUUGUGCAUCCAAAAAAAUGUUGAUUAACCUGCCUGUUGUUAACCUGUAGUAAGGUCAAUGUUGAACUUCAAAAUGAUGGACAUCUUCUCCACCCUUUGUUCUCGGGUCUGGGUAUAAAUGAGAUUUCACUGCACCACUGAGGCUCAUCUUCAACGAUUUAAACUACCUCGGUAUUUGCCUCUAAGCUUUGCCCUCCCCAGAGUGCAGUAAUAACACAACAUGGAAAUACAUGCAGUAGCAUUCUUAUGUUUUCCUAGACCUCAUGUUGAUAAUACCAUGGUUAGAAUGAUUUAGAGGCUGACUAGAAUGCAUUGUUAAUAUAUUUAUGCAUUAAGUCAAACCACAGUACUGUGUCAAAUGUGGAAACAUUUCAUAGUGGAAAAUAAAUGGCACUGAAAGUGAAUAUAA